AUGGCCAAACGACAUGCUCUAUUAUUCCUCCUCAGUCUCAUUUCCCGAACCGGCGAUGCAGCUACCUUUGGCCCGGCCGAGCUUGCCAGGGCCCUGCCUGAGACGUAUUGCUUCACGUACCUGUCAACUUUCCUCGAGCUGGCUUCCCUCCCGACCGCCGCCAUUCCUCCUGGCGCCACUGUGACUGUCAUCGGGGGAAGUACUGUCACCAUCCCGAGCGUCAUUGGGGGAACCACCGUCGACGUCCCAGGCCCCGGAGCCACAACCACCGUCUCAGGCGCCGGAACCACCGUCACUGUCACUGGCGCCGAAACUACCGUCAGGCCUUCUCCCUCCGCUUCAGCCAGAGCCGUCUCCGUUCCCAUCAUUUUCUUCGUCAACGCCGCACCCGCAACCAACCGAGGCCCUCAGAAGCAAGGCCUCCAGAAACGAGACUACGGCGGCUUCCUAAACAAUGAAGUCGCCAACAACCGCGGCAGUUGCGACUUUGCCUCCAACUUCACCAUCUCCGCUCUAGGCCAGCUCCUCGAAGCUGGCAACCCCGUCUUCUACAUCCCAGGCGAGACCUUUAAGGAAAUGCGUAGCGCCGGUGUCCCACCCCCUAACGCUAUUACUGGCACCUUUGACAACAACAAUGGUGUCCUCCGCAUUGUCAACCCGGAACUCCCUAAUGGCGAGGCAAACUUCUGCCAGGUUUUGACCGGCCAGGUCUACCUCACCUUCAACUCCACAGGGCCACCUGGCUGCCAGCCUGUCCUCCUUUACGCCUAUAAUUUGUUUCGCUUGACUCCUCCACUGCCACCUCCUCUCAGUCUUCCGGGCGACAUCCGCAUCCUCAACAGAUACAUCUACAUCUACAUCCUCAACAGAGGAAUCUACAUCUACCUCCUCAAUAGCGGCAUCUUCAUCAACAGAAACAUCUACCUCAACAGAGGCGUCUACAUCAACACAGGCAUCUACAUCAACAGAGGCAUCUACAUCAACACAGACAUCUUCAUCCACAUCCUCAGUAGAGACAUCUUCAUCAAUAUCCUCAACAGAAACAUCCACAUCAUCUGCUACGCCUACAACGACGAGUGUUGUCGUGUGCUAAUACGCCAAAUAGCUUUACUUUAUCAAAUGGACGCCAGGUUUUGA